AUGGCCCACGGCCUGGACGUGCGCCCAUACAAACCCAAACUGAGCACGGCCAGCCUGGGGGGCCUGACGACCAGUUCCACCUUCACACUGGAGCAGCCCCGCUGCGUCUUCAACCUGCAAGAAGACGUCGUCAUCUGGCUGGUGGUGGCCGUCCCCAAGGCCGUCCCCAGCUUCAACAACAGCGUGAUGCCGGGGUCCCCCAAGACAGCGUUCCAGAAGUUCCCCACCAGCGUCUUCGCCUACAUGACCCUCAACACCACCCUCCUCAACUACCCCUGCCACAAACCCCCCAGGGAGAUCACGGUGCUGCGCGUCGGCAGUGAGACCAGCUGCGCCAAGGAUAACACGAGACCCACCUGCAACGGCCCCCUGCCUGGUCCUGGGCCCUACCAGGUGAAGUUUCUCGCCUUGAAUGAUUCCAACCCUGUGGCUGAGACAGCCUGGUCGGACCCCAUCACCCUGAGGACAGCCCGGCAGCUCAGCAGCAUCCCCACCACGGGCAGCGGGCGCAGCGCCGGCAUGAUCGCCCUCACCUCCAUCCUCUCCAUCCUCUUCGCCAUCCUGCUGGCCAGCCUGGUGGCCAUGCUGGUCUUCUGUGGCUCAAACGCUUACAGCGGCAGCAGCAGCUUCAGCAAACCGGAGGCGGUGACGGUGCAGCGGUACAACACCCACCAUGUCUACAACCAGCCAGCCGCCCGGCUCUGA